AUGGAUGGACAGCAAAGGUUGCCGCCUGGCGUCACAUCCCUGGCCGGUCGCGAGCUUCCAUCCGAUCUGGUGCAGCAGGUAUCAAAUGUCACCAUGGGCCAGCUUUUCUACAUCUUGAGUCACAUUCAAAAGCUGAGUGCUCAGGCCCCUGUCACGGCACAGCGAAUUCUUGCAGAAAAUCCGCAAAUCUGCAACGCCUUGAUCCAUGCUGAGUGUUUGGCCGGGAUGUUGGAUGAGCCGGGCUUGCCUUUGAGCGCCGAAGAGCUACAGCGAGCUAAAGCCAAAGCCAGACAGCUCCAGGACGAGAUGUCGCAACAUGAGCUCCCACCGCCUCCUCCGCCUCCUAUUGAAGAAGUUGGGUCUGGUCUUGCAGUCAACGCUGACCAGAAGGCGCAAUUGAUGCAGAAGCUCAUGCAACUUACUCCAGAUCAGAUCGGCCGACUGCCUCAAAGCACGAAGGUUCAGCUGCUGAGCUUUCUGAAGCAGAACAAGAGCCUUGUCAACUCUCCAACUCUUGUACUGAUGACACUUCCCGACGGCGGUGGCCAUCGUGUGCAGGCAAAGCCGGCUCUUCGAACCGGCCAGAGGGUUGUCCUACACGGACUUGGGAAGUCUCCAGAGCUGAAUGGACACCGUGGUGUCAUCGUCAGGUGGCGAGAGGAUGUUGGUCGGUAUGCGGUUCGUGUGGCUGGAAAGGAGAUCGGGUUGAAGCCCGAGAACCUGAAGCCUGCAGAGGGAGGGGCAGUUGCCGCAGAGCUUGCCAAGAAGCUGAGCCACAAGGUGGGAGAAGGAAGCAUGUACAAUCCAGAAGUAUAUGCUCGCGUUCCUGGCGCUGGGCCAAGGAUGACGCAUUGGGUCGGCCAGGUAAAAGCCGGGCGACGUGUCUUAGUUCGGGCAGAGGAGGCAACUGGAGCAGAGGCGGAACCUGUGCCACUGUGGUUUGGCGACCGAGGUUUCGUCAAUGCCGCACCCGUGGACGUGGCUUUGUUGAUUGCAGAUGUGGGCGAGGAUCUUGCCCAGUGGCAGUCAGCCCUGGCCAAAGCGCUGGCUGCCUUCCCGGCAGCUGCCGGACGUCUGCGUCAGGUAAAGCAGGAAGGUCAGCAGAGAUGGAAGAUCUUCUUGAACAACGCAGGGGUUCCCUUCACCAUGGCUUCGGUGCCGCCCUGCGGGUUGCCGGGAACCGAGGUGUUGCAGCUAGCAUGCCAAGACGAUCAAUGUGGGUUUUUUGACGUUGGCGAAGCUGAUGGCGAAGAAGAACCCCUUCUGCGAGUCAAGCUCAUCCAUGAAGAGGGCACUGCACGAGGUCUUUUGGGCAUUUCCUUCAACCAUGUGCUUUGCGACAUAUUCGGCUUGGCCGAGUUCCUCCGAAGGAUGUACGCAGAGCUGGAGGGUGCCCAGGCACCUGUGCCCAGCCAUGCGCGAGCUGCGGCACAAAAGGCUUUUGAGGAGACACUCGUUGAAAACUCUGAGGCUGCGAGUUUCAAUGAAUGGUGGCCAUCCUGGCCGCGUGCACAGGAGCGAUGGUCCUUUGUAGCACGCAGGCUGCGGAGUGGUCUCCGUGGCCGCCCGGACGGCGCUGCCACCCUGGCCUUCGCCACGCCGAAGGCAAAACUUGCAGCACUGAAGGAGAGGGUCCCAGGUUCCUCCUCAUUGGAGGUUUUAGUCGCAUUCCUAGCACAGCGUGCACGACGCUUGGGUCGGGGACGGCGAGUCCUCGUCACCAAAGACUACCGGGCAGCACUCGAAGAGGCAGCACCGGGCCAAGGAUUGGACCGUCUCUUUGCCAAUGUGGUCACGCACGGUCUUUCAUUCGAGGUUCCCGAGGAUCCAGACGAACCCGACUGGAUGCAACAGGUUGGUCAUGCCAUGCGCCGAGCUGCUGACUCGGCAUCACUUCGAUACGUGCGAUGGCAAAGCGAGCAGGACCAUUUCCGAGGUUUGCCCAACAUGUUUGGCAGCCUCUGCUGCAACAGCUGGGGCCGAGCGCUUUCCGAGCUUAGCUUCAUCGAGGCAUAUGCAAUUGGCAUGCGAAGCGUCGACGAAAGAGCAGAGAGGAUGUGUUUCCCUCUCGAUGCUGCCUACAUGCAGGUGCUUCCACAGCCAUCCGGAACUCACAGGAUCUUACUGACAAUGCCUGUGACCGACAUGGAAGCCCUUCUCAAGGAACUGCCAGAGGAGGUUUUCGACCUGCCACAUGUGAGCGAGAUGCGCACGCAUGCAUUCCGAGUUCCCCUUCCGGGUUCAGUCAUUGACCGCUUGAACCCUGCUGUCGAGACUCACCACAUUGUCGCGCGAGUGGCAUGUGUUGGGGAUUCUCUAACUGCCUGUGGCUAUCCCAAGUUCUUGCAGGCCCAUUUCGACCGUGCAGGGAUGAAUGUCCAGGUGCGGAAUUUUGGAGUUGCCGGUGCAACUGCGCAGAAGUUUGCCGACCAGCCGUACUGGGAGGAGCGAAAACUUGACGACGUGCGAGUGUGGCGACCCCACUUUGUCGUGAUGCUCUUCGGUACGAACGAUGCAAAGUCAGGGAACUGGGAACCGGAGGCAUUUGAGAAGGAUUGGGAUGCCCAACCCCACAUCUAUUUGGGUCCAACCACGAGCCCAAUGAGUGGUGAAGGUGAGGCUGAUGGCCUCCGAAGGCGACGGGCAGCCGAGAGCUCCGGCGACCAGGCACAGGCUGCUGACGAUGAGGCGGAGGCAUUGCGCGCCAGCCUUGCUGCAAAGCGAGCUGAGCUGCGGCUCACCUCGGCGCCCAUUACGACGGUGGUGUUGUUCACGAUCAGCGCGGUCGAGUACAUCAUAUACUGUCUUCGAGCAAUCUUGACAAGCCUGAUAACUUGGCUGUUCGGCGUGCCGCUGCUAGCAGGAUACUUCUAUUUGAAGCUGUCCUACGCACCAGAGCUGUUCGAGGCGCCGGUGUGUGGAGUGAAGGCUGCGGCACCGCUGUGGCACCUGGAGCUGGCAGCCAAGGAGGUGGCGACUGCAGCAGAAUUUCGCUUGAACCAGCACGCAUCCUCAUCCAGAGUCGAGGAGGAGUGUCAUGAAGCGGGACGCAGUCUUGAAACACGCCCUUAUAUCAGAUCAAAGCAGCCUCUUCUUGAAAAGGAACCCCUGCUGCAACGUGCGGUUGUUCCGUCAGGAGUUUACACCGUAUUUAAGCAUGCAGAGCUCUCCACACGUCUGUGCCACGGGACAGCUGUUUCUUGCUGA